CUCGCAGCCUUAGUGAAACUGGGCUGCCGCUCGCAGUAGGCACAGCGCCACGCACAUACCUGAGUACGAGCGUGUUGCAGGCGUAGGGCUUAGGCAUGUGUGUCACAACAGGGCGUGGGGGCCGACCUCAGGCACUGGGAGUAUCAAAGGCACCCUGCUCUGGGACUUCAAACCUCAGGUGUUCAGAGCGUAAUUUGCAUCUAAGUUUCAAUUUGGCACUGGACUGCAAAUGCAGUGGCAAGAGAGAAUUUCAUGCUUUCCUUGACGGAGAUGCCAUCUGGAUUCCUCGCUUAAACUAGAAAGAGUCAACCUUCAUGUAAAAUUCAGGUCCAUCACCGUGGGGCCAGUAGGACCGCAGGCACGGCAACUGCAAUGGGACUUCGGCUAGAGGCCUUGGCCGGAGUCCGGGCCAACUUCUGGGGCAAGGUUCUAGCCCAGGGGCUGCCUCCAACAGGAUCUAUUCCCUUCUUGACGGUUUUCGGGCGGUGCCGGGGGCGGGCCCUAGCCUGAAGGGUGGGAAGAGGAGCCAAUAAGAACCGAGCCUUGCCGGGCGGGGUGGGGCCGCUGCCGGCCGGGGGCGGGGCCUUCGCAGGGCCUGCGGGGGCGGGACGGAGCCAACCCGGAGUGAGAGCGCCGAGACCUGGCGCGUCCGCGGAGAGCCGAAGAGCUUCGCAGCCCGGCCGCGGGGGCGGCGUGGAGACCCAGGGCAGGACUGAGAUCAAGACCUGAGCUGAGAUGAAGGGUCCGACACUAAACUGACUGAGCUGCCACGUGUCCCCCACCUCUGUACUUUCAAUUUCCAUGCAUAUACAGCCUAUUUCUCUUUAAUCAGAGCUAUGAAAACAAAUGACUAUACCCUCACGUGAUUGGAAGUCAGAGAAUGCUUUUUUCCAGAAGAGAUCUUCGCUUCCGGAAUAUUCAACAUAAAGUUGCAGCCGUUUUCCACAGGAUCAGUAAUCAAGAUUUUUCUUUUUAAAAAGAGAUUUCCAGGUUAAAGAUGAAAGGAAAAUGCUGGAAUUGUUUGGAUACUAAGUGACAGGAUAAAGAGUACGGUAUUUCACAGUUACUUAUAAUGGAGCCUCAGUAAAAUCCGUACUUUGUCAUGCACCCAACUGGGAACAUGGAUGCCAGUUUUUCUCGUUCUGCUGUUCAGACACUGUCAAGAAGCCACUGCAAAAACAUCAAACAAAAAAUUUCUCAGUGGGAAGGAAGAGCUAAUGGUAUAUCUAAUCCAGAGAAGUGGCAUCCGAAGGACUUUGGAGUGAGAUAUACUAACUGCCAUCAAGAGAUUCUUCUUAAGAAAAGUCCUGUUGCUGAGGGAAAGAGCAAAAAGUUGGAUAUAACCAACUCUCGAAGUGUUGGUCUAGACGUUAAUGAAGAUGCUAACAGCCACGAUCAAACUGAGGACGAAGGUGGGCAAUGCGGAUGUGAUGACCCACACCUCUUUAGAAAUGAAUCGGAAUCCAACUGGGUAUGUUCUAGGGUCAAACAGAUCGAAAGCUGGAAAGGGGUUGUUCUGGAUCCAGAGACUUCCUUACCUCCAGGAAACUUCUAUACUUCCCAGAUACUGUGGAAGAAAAUAGAAGCACUCCCCCCAGAUAAAGUCUUAAAUUUGGCUUUAGAACACUGUGACUCUUCAGAAAAAGAAAAUUUCAGAAUUCUGGAUAGUUCAUAUGGGAUAACCAAGAGCUUAGAAAAUAUUUACUCUGAACCCGAGGGACAAGAAUGUGGACCUUCUAUAAAUCCUUUGCCCAAACCUCGCAGGACAUUCAGAUAUUUAUCUGAAUCCGGUGUUAUGCCAUCUAAGGAAAGAAACUGUGACAGAAAAUACUGUGAAAAUAAUUCCUGCACGGAGUCUUCUUUGGCCUCUUGUCAGGAACCUGAACCAGAGAAAUAUAGCAGAAAAAUCAGAGGGAGAUCUAAAAGGAAAUCCUUUGAAUUUGAGGAUAUUCAGCACUUUCGAAAUCGGAGCUCACAGAAGAUUCAUGAAGAACUUGGAAGAAAUUCCGGCUCAGCACUUUAUUACACACAGUCGGAGGACAAUAUUUAUGAGGAUAUCAUAUAUCCCGCCAAAGAAAAUCCCUAUGAAGACAUUCCAGUGCACCCUUUGCCCAUGUGGAGAUCCCCUUCGGCUUGGAAGCUACCGCCCCCAAAAAGUGCUUUCAGAACACCAAAGCUUCCUCCCAAACCUCAGUUCCUCAACCGGAAGACUAUGGAACUGAAGAGCUCCCAAGCUUAUUUACGGUCAAAGCUCACAAAGGAUACCACUUUGCCUGUCACUUUAACUGAAUGGAAGCUUUUCCGAGCUGGAGAAGUUGCAAACAGGAAGAGGAAAAAUAUUCCAAGGCUUGUAUUGAAAAUCGCUGACAUAUUUGAAUCUAAGAGAGGGAAAAAGAGGGUAAAGUUACAUCCAUACACUGGAAAAGAUGUACCUCCCUCAAAAGGUGAAGCCAGUGGGAACGAAAGUGAUGCUGAGUAUCUGCCAAAGAAUCGCCACAAGCGCUUAGCGCAAUUGCAACAGUCUUCCAAGAGGAAUCCUCACUACCAGACCUUGGAGAGGGAUCUCAUUGAACUACAGGAGCAGCAACUCUUUGAACUUUUUGUGGUGGUGUCUCUCCAGAAGAAGCCAUCAGAAAUAAGCUACAUCCCCCAGGUCAUACAGCAGUUCCCUAGCAAGGGUGAUCAUGGCUUUAAACAGUCCAGAGACACUGAAGAGAGGCUCAAAGUUAUCCCCAAAUUUUGUUUUCCCGACUCAAAGGACUGGGUGCCAACCUCAGAACUCAAGAGUGAAACGUUCUCCUUUGUCUUAACUGGUGAAGAUGGGAGCCGGUGGUUCGGUUACUGUAAGAAGCUCUUGCCGGAAGGCAGAGGGAAGCGACUUCCUGAGGUCUACUGCAUGGUUAGUCGCCUCGGCUGCUUCAACCUUUUUUCCAAGAUUCUGGAUGAAGCAGAGAAGAGAAGAGAGAUGUCUCCAGCCCUGGUUUACCCGUUCAUGCGAAGUGUCAUGGAAGCUCCUUUCCCAGCUCCUGGACGUACCAUCACAGUUAAGAGCUACCUCCCUGGGGCUGGUGAUGGGUCCAUUGAACUCUGCCGACCACUGGAUUCCCGACUGGAGCAUGUUGACUUUGAAUGUCUCUUUAAGUGCCUGAGUGUGUGCCAUCUUAUUCGGGUCUGUGCCUCCCUCCUGUUGGAACGGAGGGUAAUCUUUGUCGCUAACAGCCUAAGCACCCUGUCCAAAUGUGGCCAUGCUGUGGUUGCCACAUUGUAUCCAUUCACCUGGCAGCAUACCUACAUUCCAGUCCUCCCAGCAUCUAUGAUUGACAUCGUGUGCUCACCCACCCCAUUCCUUAUUGGAAUCCUGUCUUGCUCCUUACCACAGCUUCAGGACCUACCCAUUGAAGAGGUGCUGAUAGUUGAUCUCUGUGCAGACAAGUUCUUACAGGAGGUAUCUGAUGAGGAUGAAAUUCUACCUCCUAAACUCCAAGCUGCCUUGAUGCAGAUUUUGGAAGAACGGAAUGAAAUCUUGGCUCAGGAGCAGAAUUUUUCACUAGAUGUGACACUCAACUCUCUGGUGUCCGAGGCAUUUGUGAGGUUUUUUGUGGAGCUAGUGGGACAUUAUUCUUUGAGCAUGACUGUCACUGAGCGUGGAGAGCGUGUAUUCCAAAGGGAACCAUUCCGUAAAUCCCAUACCUCCCGAAGUGUACGCCACUUCCUGGAUCUCUUCAUGGAAACACAGAUGUUUGCCGGCUUCAUCCAGGACCGAGAGCUUCGGAAAAGUGGGGUGAAAGGUUUGUUUGAGGUCCGGGCCCUCCAGUAUUUGGAAACAAUUCCAGAGUCUGAGCCCAGUGGGAUGAAUAAAAUUUUGCGGAGUCUUGGAAGUAAGAUGAAAUUUCUGCAGAAGAAAUGAAAUCUUUGAUAGACUCUUUCCAUCUUAAACAGAAAGUGCCAAGAAAAUAUUUCUCCAAGAGUUGGGAUGCCCUGCAGUGGCCUAAAAGAUCCUGGAAAGUUGAAAAGGUUACAAAGUGGGCCUGGUCCUUGGAGGAGGAUUCUCCUGUUGCUGCUGUAUAAUCACUGGAGGAUUGUUGGGAGUAGUCUGGAACCCAUGUUCUCAUUACUCUGCCUCCAAUUUUUCUUUUCAGUGGCUUUUUCUAUUUGAUUCUUGGGCUCAUUCUUUGUGUUAUGUGCUUAAUUAGUCUGUGAAGGCACUUGUUUUUACUAGGGAAAGAUUUGGUGUUGGAUUUUUUUAAAAAAACAGCUCAAAGAUGAGCACAGUGAGAGAAAUGCUGGAUUGAAGGUACUGGGGAAGCAUGAUGGAUGUGCAGAGUGCACCCUACACACGUCAUUCUCAUCACUGAAAUAUCACCAUGGCAGCUUGAAAAUUAUGGGCUGUUGGAGCUGAGCUAAGGAAUAGAUUCCUCAUAUAUCUCUAGUUUUUGUUUUUUAAUCUAAUGUUCUGUCUGAGGGAAUCUAGUUAUUAACACUGUUAUUGAGUAUCUUAUACAAGCAGACACCUUGCAGCUCCUCCUCCACAUCGUAGCUUGUCAACAUUAAACUUUGUGGGAUUAUAGCUAAC